AUGAGCGAAAAACGCUCGUUUACGCCGGCGCAAAAGGCGGCCGUGGACCGGGUGCGCAAGUGCCGGACCUACGACUACUACGCCAUUCUGGACAUUGAAUCCACGUGUACGGACGGCGAGGUCAAGAGAGCGUACCGCAAGCUGGCUCUGAUUAUGCAUCCUGACAAGAACUCGGCUCCGGGCGCCGACGAGGCCUUCAAGCUGGUUUCCAAGGCGUUCCAGAUCCUGUCGGACCCCCAAAAGAAGCGAAUUUUCGAUCAGACCGGCUCGGAUCCAGAUUCUCGAGGCGGUGGAGGCGGGGGAUUCAGCUCGGGAUUCAGCAGAGCAGCCUCGGGAGGUGGAGGAGGCGGAGGCGGAUAUUACCGACAGGAAAUGACGCCGGACGAUCUGUUCAACAUGUUUUUUUCGGGCCAGGGAGGCGGGUUUGGAGGCGGUGGCGGGUUUGGCGGGUUCGAUUUCGGCCCGGGAGUGCGAGUUCACACGUUUGGAGGCGGAGGUUCGCCGUUCGAUGCGUUCAUGGGAGGUCCGCGAGCUGCGCAACAGAGAGCAGGUGCCCAAGGACAACAAAGACGACGCCAGGGAGCAGGCAUGCAAGGAGAGGAGAACUGGAACACACAGGUACUGUUUCCGACCAUUGUGCUCAUUCUGACGUUGUUUGUAAUUCUUCUGGGCGACUCGUUCAGCUCGCUGGCAGACCAGUCGCCACACUUUGAAUUCACACCAGCCCAUCCCUACACACACAAGAUGCAGACCCCCAAGUACAAGGUCGACUACUACGUGCGCAAGAAGGACGUGAUCAAUGGUCUCAGCAAGAGCAAGCAGCACCAGCUGGACAGCACGGUGGAGAAUAAUUAUGUCUACGACCUGAAGAACCGGUGCAACAGAGAGUAUGCCUACAAGCAGCAGAAGAUUCAGGACUCUCAGGGUUGGUUCUUUACCGAUGAAAAGGAGCUGGAGGAGGCCCAGAACAUGAAGUUGCCCUAUUGUGAUAAGUUGAAGGAUUUGCAGAGUAAUCUGUUGUAA